AUGGAAAGCACUGCAGUGAGAUACUCUGACGCCAGCACAGGGCACGACACACAGGAUCACACUGUUCUGGCUGCACUUGCAAGGGCAGACUUCAGCGGAGCAGUCGACUACAUAAAAACAUGCAGCACCCUAUUCAUAUCCUGCGCCUCCUUUAUGCAGCUGCACGGAAUCCUCGCGAAAAUGCACGACAGAAACCCUGCACGAUUCUGGGGCUUCAUUCCGCUGCUCUUUCUCUUCGCCACAGCCGCAGUCCUUCCGCACGCAGCAAACGAGCAACUCCGGAAAAACCAAAAGCACACCCGCCUCCUGGUCAUCCUUCUUUCCCUCGUCCUGAUCAUUCCGGGCGUCGUAGUGGGGAUGCCCUGGACCUUUUUCAUCAUUCCCAGCCUGCUUUCCACCAAUCGCGAGUACCCUCUCGUGGCAGCUGCGCAUCUCUCCAUAUACGCUCUGUCGCAUGCAGAAGGGGGCGAACUCUUCGCAAUUGCCACGGGCGUAUCCCCUGGGGUAAUUGCACUCUCCUCCCUGGUCGAGCACGAAGUAAAGACUCUCUGCGGAGUGGCUCUGCACCUCCCAAAGUGCACUAUAUCUAUAACCAGCGCCCUGGCCGUGCUUAUUCCGUCCUUCCUCCUCGCAUCACUCCUGUACAGUAAGAUUCCGCCCUGCACUGAGCUCCUGAAAAUAGAGUAA